AUGCAAGAGUUAGGUCAAUGGAAGGAACAUAUUUCUCACCUGUUGAAUGUCGCAAACGAUUAUAUUCGUGAAGUUCCUUCUAAUCAACUCUACACGGCUGCUGCUAUCGCGGUUUUCACAACCCUAAUUAUUCUCCUACUUUGUUAUUUUAAGCACGCCAGGUUGAACACCAUCGUGUUGAUUGGUCUUAGUGAGAGUGGGAAACUGUUAUCUUCUAUCAGCUUAAGGAUGGCCCUACUCAUCAAGGCAUUGGUACAUCGGCGGAACCAAAUGAAGACACUUUUUUCUUCAUAG